AUGAACCCCCAGGGCCGUGUGGUGUCCUUCAAGAACGCCAUGGUCAUCCUCACGUCCAACGUCGGCUCCCGCGUCAUCGCCUCGUCAGCGGCGGGCGGCGCCGGCCUGUCCGCGUUCGGCCGGAAGGCCGCGGGGCCGGAUGGGGAGGAGGAGGAGGAGGACGAGCGCGUGGUCGCCGCGGACAGGGCCCGCCUGGGCCGCCUGGUGAACGAGGAGGUCCGCAACUACUUCCGCCCCGAGCUGGUCAACCGCUUCGACGAGACGGUCGUGUUCAACCGCCUGGGGCGCAAGGAGGUGCGCGUUAUCGCCGGCCUCAUGCUGCAGGAGACAGUGGACCGCGUCGCCGCCAAGGGCUAUGGCCUGGAGGUGGGUCCCGCCCUCAUGGAACACAUCGUGAAAGAGGGCAACAGCGGGGAGUACGGCGUCAGGCCGCUGAGGAGGCUUCUCACCAGCUGCGUCGACGACGUGCUGGCCGAGGCCGUCCUCCACGGCGUCGUGCCCAAGGGCUCCCUCGCCUACAUCGACCUCGACCCCGCGACCGGCGAGCCCCGCUGCUGGGCGGGCCGCCCCUCGUACCAAACCUCGGACCCCCUGGAUGUCAUGCACGAGCUGUCGUCCGUGACGGUCCGCGGCCACGACUGCGGGGUCGACGGGGAGGUGCUGGUCGCGCAGCUGCGCGGCGGCUUCCCGGGCGGGUACAGCGGCGGGUACGACGACGAGCAGGGCGGCGGCGGCGCCGGCGCCGGCGCGGGGUCGGGGGUGGACGGGCAGGAGGUGUUGGUGCUGGCGUCUGGCGGGUUUGAGGAGGAUGAAUGA